GAGAACAAGAAUGCGCGAUUCACGAUCCUAUAUGUCCCUUCUGCUGCUUCAGAGGGAGCUAGGAUCUUCGCUUACCACAGAACAGAUUCUCUCCAAGUAGGAGCAGGACGCUUGUCAUUCGUUUGACAUCUUCCAUGGAGAGUUAUUAAUCUGGACUCGUAUCGAACAGUAUAAAAUGAGCAUGAUUGAGACUGAUUGUGUAGAUUCCUCGUGAUCGAACUGCUGGAGCGAAGUGUAAUUGUAAUGGCCGCGACUUGACUUUUCUAGGCAGAAAGCACAUUUGUAAUGUUACGUGAAGCAACACGAAGGCAAGAGCGAAUGUAAACGAAAAGAGAGAGAACUGUAUAUAUAAUAAACUAUAUAAACUAAAUGGACUGAGAAUGAAACGCGAUUAACGCCACUGUGUCGUGUCAUUAUCGUUCCCGUUAUCGUCAUCGAAGCUUCAAUCGCUCAUUCGUCAUCGAAUCGACGAACGGUGCAAUACAGUGUAAUAGCUGUUCUUGCAUACAUAUAUACAUCUAUAAGUGUACAUAUGUGCGUGUCAUACAGCUUCGAGUAGGUGGGCGAGGCGUGUUCUCGCGCUCUGGUUCUCCUGUUUCCUACACACGGCGAGGAUCACUCGCGCGCGAGCGACUCGUGUGAGUAGGCACGUGUGUGUGCGCGCGCGCGCGCUCAUGCGUAUGUGUUGCGUGUACGCGUGUAAGUGAGUGCAUUCGAGUAGCGAGUGAGCGGUGGUGCGUCGAUCGCGCGAUCGGCAGCGAUGAGCGACGACAGGAGCGAGGAUGAUCCGAUAAUGGACCUCUGGUACAGCAAUUGGGAACAGCAGUGCGUCGAGGCGCUCGAGUCCGAGCCCGAUUACGAGAAUCAGCUGCACAAUGAAAAGGAACUCUACUCGCAGCAGAUGUGGACGAAAUUCCAAACCACCGCGUCGGCCAUCGCCCAAUUGUACAAAGACCGCACGCUGGGCGUCUCAUUAUGGGUGCCCUUUCAGACCGCCGCUGGUACUGUAACAUCGUUAUACAAAGAUUCAGUGGAUUGUAUGAGGCGAUGCAGUGAUCUGGGAGUGGAAAUGGGGAAACAGAAACAUUGUAAAGAAAUAAUGAAUUGGGCUAGAAAAAAAAGACGUAUGAUACGCAGGGAAGAUCUUCUUGCGUAUCUUGCUGGCAAGCCGCCACCACCACCUCGACCGCAUCCACACAGAAGUUCACCUAAGCCUCGCAUGAUGGUGUGUGGUUCUCCAUCGUCACAUAGUCAAACGCCAAGUAUGGUUAUUGCACCAGCACCAACAGCAGGCAGUGAUCCAGAUCCUGAGUUACACACAUUUAGGGAAGCCAUUGCAUUAUCUGGUUCUCCAGUAUCUCGACGUGGCGGAAGACAAGCCGAAUUGUCGGCUUUUAUUAACAACGAAUUGGCUCGGCAUCAUAAACGACCUGCUUCGCAUGAUGUAGAUAUGGGAUCACCCACGCACAAACGUACGCGUACUACACUGUAACGGCGCGCGAUACAUAUGGUAGCUUUACUCCCUCGCUCCCUGUUGAUUAAUCGAUCCGACUAAUGACUAAUAACUCAACUCUCCUCUACAUAACUCUCGGUUAUAUGUUAAUCAUUGGAGGAGAAAUCGGUGGUGGUUCACACUGCCAGGUAAGUACGUUCGUAUAUAUCUUCAGUAGCUUCUGCUGCCGAUCUCGAUUUGUAUCAUGUUCAAAAUUAUUUAACUUCUUAAAGCUAUACUUGUACAGUUAGUUCUGACCGACGCAUAUAAUUUAAAAUAAUUUAAAUAUAGAGACACAAACUAUAUAUAUAUGUAUAUAUAGUAUAUAUGUAGGGAACAUUAUGGGAUGUUUAUUUUGGCAAUAUAUUGGCAAAAUAAUAAUUUACACAUGUCAAACGUUUUUAUUUUUAAUUAUAUUAGAUUUUAUUAAAAUUUAUAAUUAUAUAUAUUAUAUAUAUUAUAUAUAUGUAUUUUUUGUGUUUAUGUAUACAAAAGUACAGAAACGAGAAUGCAUAAAAUAUUAUGUUGCAACUUAUAAUAUUAUUUAAAAUGCUCACGUUUACUCAUGCAUGAUGAUUAAUUUCACUUUUCAUAUGCAAAAGUUUGUAUCAUUAGAAUCAUCAUAUUAUCGAUUUGUAAAUCAAUCUAAUAGAAAAAUUAUGAGCAAAUGUGUGACGUUAUUUGAAAUGUUAAGUCUAUAUGAAUUAAAUUUAUACAUAUAUUGAUAUGUAUAUUCAAAUUUGCAGUGAAUAAUAAGCAUCCUGAUAUUUGUCAAUCAAUUUUGUUGCCUUCUUAUAAACAUUCGAAAUUUUCAAUAGAUGAAACAAAGAAUAUUUAUAUGCUAUUUCAAAAUUAAUAAGCCAUAAAUUGCCAUAAUUUAUGGCAAAAUAAAAAAGCGAAAAGAUAUUGUAAAAUAUUUGUUCUUGCAUUAAAGUUCCUGGUUUUCUCACUGAUGUUAUAUUGAAUUAUAAUGUCAGAAAUGAAGAAUCAUACAAUUUUUUUCUUUAACUACAUUGAAAUAAAUUAAUUUUGUGUAUGUUACCACUCCUACUUGCUAAUAUAGAUUGAUAAAAUGUAUUGAAGGCUUUUUUGUCUCGUGGAUUAAUAAAAAUAGCCAAAAAUAGCCAAUCUUGGCUAAUUAUCAUAAGAUAUAUUUUUAUUGAGAAUGUAAAACACAGAUGAGUUAUAUAUAUAUUAUAUAUAAAAAAGGUAGUUUUUAUAGUAAUAGAGAGAAUAGUGAUUACAGUAUAAUAUUCUACUAUUAAUAGAAUAACAGAAAUUUUUAAUAAUAGUAGUAUUUCAUUAAUAUUUUAUCGAAUACAAGUGGUGGUGUACAAAAAAUUAAUUUAUGAUAUAUGCAAGAAAAGUUUUUGUCUUUUCUUUAUAGAUUCAAAUUUUCUGUUUCUAAAAUUAUAAUUUAAUGUGACUGCAGUGAUAAAAUAGGAGUUUUAAACAUGUUUUUAAAUUGCUUAUUAUAUAAUAUUGAUUUUAGGUAACAAAUAUAAUAGUAUGUUAUUAAUAAAAAGUUAUAAUAGUAUGAUUCAUAUACACAAAACUAUCGAUUUUUGUUACAUUUUAAAUUUUGUUUAACAGUUAUCAAAAUUGACUAAUCUAUUCUCAUGUUAAAGUAUUUCUGAAUAUAUAGUAAAUUCGAACCUCUAUUAUUUAUAAUACAAGUAAUAUAUAUAUACCUGUUUUUUUGUUUGCUGUUUAUUUAUUUAAAAUUCUUUGCAUUUUUUUCUGAACACUGUGCUCUCAUUUCAUCAAGUGUAUUGUCAUAGAUGGAAAUUAUUAUUGUCCAAUUUUGUAAUUUAUAUGGUCAGACUAUUAUGUUAUUGAAAUGAUUAUGAAGUCAGAAUUACAAAAUUAUAGUAUCAAUAUUUCAAAGGAGAAUAUUCAAAAUAUUUAAUAAAACAUUCAUUUCUCAACUCUAUAUAAAAAGCGCUAGUUAUGAAUAUUAUGAAAAUGUAAUCGAUAAUAUCUUUUAAAGAGAUCUCUGUGAGAGAAAAGAAAGAGUCUUGAUUAUGAUAAACCAAAUUUUUAAUAUAUAUUUGAAAUGUGACAAGCAAGAUGAAGGAGGUAAAUUAAAGACGGUAGGCAUGUGUAACUGAUCUAUUAUAAUAAAUCAAUAUCAAUAUAGCGAGGAAAAAGUGAUGCGAUAGUAUAAAUUUGAUUUAUUUUCUUUGCUGAAAAAAGAAGAGGUCGUCAAAAAGAUACCAAACUUUUACAUCUUGAACAAAGUCUACGUUAAUACAAAAAAUGAAUUUAAUAUUCCAUAGCUCCAUAAGGACGUGUUCACUUAAUAAAAACUUAAUAUACGUAGACUUUGUUAGGAUAAAUGGUUCCAAUAUAUGUAUACAUGUAUAUAUGUGUACAUAUAUAUGUUUUAUGUACUUUAUAUAUAUAUAUAUAUAUAUAUAUAUAUAUAUAUACAUAUAUAUAUAUAUAUGUAUAGAGCAGUGUAUUUUAUUAAACAAAAAAAAGAACGCUUAACGAUUGUGCGUUUAAUGUUUUGUGCCAGAGAGUGAGAGCCCCACACAUAUGUCCAAUAUGAAAGUGGUUGAUUGUAAAUGUACAUUAUUUCUAGCUAAUACAUCUCAUAUUGCUAUGUAUCUGUAUUUUCACAGAUUUUUAAAAAUCGAUUUACAUUAUACGACAAUUACACGACAAAAACUGUCGUGUAUUCACACAUACCAUAUAUAAGAUAACAUGUUUGAUUUUGACUUUAAUAUAGAAAGUAAAAUUAGUUGAAAAUGUUUAAAAAUAAAUUUUGGUCAUAAAAGAGAUUCUAUAUGAUUCUUCAUUAUUGGAUGAAGAAGAGAAAGAUCAAAACAACAUCAACUUUGGGGUUCAUCAGAUGUUAAAAAGAAAAAAAGUUUUGAAGAAGUUUUCAAUAUCAUAUUAUUUACUAUUUUCGAAUUACUAGAAAAAUGAUGAAAAUUUUACAAAUAUUUCUUAGAAUUAACAAUUUAAUAUUUUACUUUAAAAUUAUAUGUGACCUCAAAAUAAUAUUCAAUCAUCGAAGGAGCUUUAAUAGAAGAUUACAACAUAAAAUUACACACAUUUUCUCAGAUUUUUUUAUAUAAAAGCAAAAAGUCUACCAUUUUUGUACUUAAAUUUCGUGUCUAAAGUCAUCUACAUUAUUAGGCAAUAAUACAUGAUACGACAAAAUAUUCUCUUCAUUUAAUAUUCGAAACGUCAUGUUCUCUCUGUUUUUAUCUUUAAAUAUGCCGAUUUAACGCAUAUGUUUAUAUAUAUUACAAAAAAAAUGUUAUUGUGUCAUGCUAUACUAUGUCGUGCCGUAUCGUAUUAUGUCGUAUAAUGUGCAUCAAUUUUAAAGCUCCUAGUCCAUUAUUAAAUUAUGACGUCUGAAAUGAGAAAUUAUAUACAUUAAUCAAUAUGUCAAAAUAAAUUACUUUUUUAAUGCCAUUUGAUAAUUUAAAUUAAUAAAAUAUAUUAAAGAUAUAUUGAUAAAAUAUAUUAAAGAUAUAUUAAAAAUGUAUGUUUUUUUAUUUUGAAAAAGAAUCUAAAUCUUAAUUAAUUAAGUUUGUAAAGUUUUUUACUAGAAAUGAAGGACCCAUGCAGAUGAAUUAUACAUGCAUUUGUCAAUAAUGGAAAAGUUUUUGUUUUGAUAUAUUUAAUCUUAAUCAGUCUAUAUUUUUUUGAACGCCUAUAUAUGCAAGAGGAAGCUAAUUAAUUUAGAUGACUUUCGUAAAAAAUUUAUAUGUGAUUUCUCAUUUCUGAUGAUAUAAUAAAAUAUAGCUGCAAUAAGAAAACAGGAGCCUUGACUGCAAACAAAUAAAUAAAAUUGCUAUUCGCGUUAAUGAAUUCGUUAUCAUUUGAUUUAUAAAUACAAAAUUUACUUUUAUUGUUUAAUUUGUUUGUAAUAGUCCGUUUUGAAAAUUACAUAGAAGACGAUUCCUAUUUCGUUUCUUCGUAAGAUUAUUCGAAUGUCAUUCUCAUCAAAGGAGCAAAAAUUGUUCAGUUGUAAAUAUAGCAUAUGCUAAUUAUGAUAAACAUAGAUAUAGUGCUAAUAAUUAAUAUCAUUACUAAUAUUAUCUACUAUGCGAUAGCUUUAACAAUGAUAUUUAUCAAUGAUAUCGUGCGAUCGGCAAUUAAUAAAAUGUCGAGGGCUUUUCCCUCAAUUACAGUUUUCUGGACGAGGUUGACGAUACGUCAAUUUCGCGUCAGUAAGAACAUACAGCAACGGUGGAGAAUUUAUUUUUUGCGAACGAAUCAUUUACAUGUUUAUUGUACAUGCAGAUGAUGGAAGGAUGGUACUGGUUUCACGAUAAUGUAAAAAGACCGAAUGAAAAAUUUGUACGUUUACAUUGUUCUUAAGACAUUUCUUCCUUCCAUCUGAUUUCAGUUGUUGAAAACAUUUUCUGCGUAAAUGUCGUUUUUUUCGUAACUCUAUGAUAGAAGAAAGUAAUACAUUACUUAGGUAUAUAUUGUAUGUGAAGAUGCCAUACUUAGGUACACUGUACCCAUAAGCGAACACACCAAAUUCGACGAAAUGAUGUCGAAGCAACUCUACAAACGCACCGACUUGUUUUCGUUUCCGUUCCAAGUAUUCGUGAUACUUAACUGCAUAAUCGAAACAUCUAUUCUUGAUCGAUUAAUAUUUAUUUGGAAAAAAAUAUAUACUGUCGAGAGUUAUUUUCUCAAGUCAUAUUUACGAAUACUAGUGAAGGAUACGGUAGAGAAUUAUUCUUUUAUUUACUUAUAGCUUCUUACUCUCUUUACUUCCGAGAAUUACUUACAACUGAGAUCGUUGAUAAUUAUAUAUUCUUUUUUCUUCAUUAGCGAGUAGACGAUUCGAACAUUGAUGGAUUUCAUUGAUGUAAUUGGCAUUUUCCCAUCUUGCGUAAUAAACCAACGCGUACGAGACGACACUUUGAGAUCAGCGAAAAAAUUUUCCCACAUGUGAGGAACUUUCCCUUUCUCAUAGAAGAAUUAUCUCGUCGGAAAUCUGUGAGCCAUUAUAAGAUAAUAUAUCUACAGAGACAAUGCGUCGAGCAAAUUUGAAAUUAUAAUGGUUUUGUUGAUUAAGAUAUAAUUAAAUUUAGAUACAAAAAACAAAUACAUGUUAUGUAAUAUUGAAAAAUUAUAUUUUAAAAAUUUGUUAAAAAUCGGUUUUUAAUAUAAUACAUUUAAUAUAAAAUUAUAAUUUAAUAAAAUUCAAUAGUUUCGACGAACAAAGUUUGUACGGAAUUGUAUUAAACCAACUUGAUAUAAGAAAUAUUUAUGUCAAAAUACGAAAAAAUAUCUUUUUAUGUUUAUGAGUAUAACGAUAUAUUUAUACGAAAAUAUGUAAAUGUAUAAUAAUAUAAUGAUGAAGAGACACGCGUUUAAUAGAUGUCUCUUCAAAAAAACACAAAAUACAUAUACUUGAGAAUAUAAUGAAAUCAAUAUACAAAACCUCUUCUCCCCUGUUGUAAUAGCAUAUUUAUAAGCUAAAAUCCGGAGAUGAAGAGAGUGAGGAGGAAUCACUUCAUGUAUUAUAUUAUUCACAAUUAUAUUGUAUUUCGUACAUUCAUGACGCGUAGAAACGUAUAAACAUACGUUUGACGAACGUAAGGCACCAAAAAAUUUUUUACGAGCCUAUUCUUUGCUUCCUUUAUUAUUCCAAUGCACAUUACUGCAAGUUGCAUUGGUACACUUUUGCGAGAAUGUAGAUGUUGCGAGAGUGUACAUGAGACUUGCACGAAUAUGACGUCUUGAUCAAACAUGAACAUGUGUUCAUAACAAGACGUGAAAUGGUGCUGUUACUUUCUUUACGAACAUAAGAAGCUUGUAUAUUUUUGCGCCUCUUGUUUGUAAGAUAAUCAUUUACAAAUAAAUCACGAGAGAAAGAAA